AGCGCUCUACAGACGGCUCUAUUUUCCAGCUUAUUUAAACGCGUUAGCGUGCAGGCUGGCGCUGCACGGAAGGGGUCGGGGAGGAAAAGCCUUUGGAGCAUCCUCGGGGAAGCACGUGCCUCGGGGGGGCUGGGUGCCGGGCAUCCCGCGGGAGCGGGGCUGGCCGGGGCAGCUCGGCUGGCCACGGCCUCGCUGGGAGCCGCGUCCCUCCGAGGAUUUCACACGCCACCAUGCCAGCCCAGCAGAAGAAAAUCACCUUUUGCGUAGCCGGGGUGCUGAGCUUCGCUUGCGCGCUGGGGACGGCGGCAGCCAUCGGCACGCAGCGGUGGGUCAGGGGGACGAUCCUCUGCCAGACGGGAGCCCUGCUCGUCAACGCCACCGGCCAGGAGCUGGAGAAGUUCAUCGGCGAAAUCCAGUACGGGCUUUUCCACGGCGAGCGCGUGCGGCAGUGCGGGCUCGGGGGGAGACCUUUCCAGUUCUCAUUUUUUCCAGAUUUGCUCAAAGUUAUCCCUGCAAGCAUCCAUGUUAGUGUCAUUCUCUUCUGUACAGUACUGAUCGUCUUUGCUCUGGUGGGAGCAGGUUUCUUCAUGUUCAAUGCUUUUGGCAGACCUUACGAAACGCUGCACGGCCCCGUCGGGUUGUACCUCUGGAGCUUCAUCGCCUGUUCCUGUGGUUGCCUCAUCAUGAUUCUCUUCUCUUCAGAAGUGAAGAUCCACCACCUUUCAGAGAAAAUUGCUAAUUUCAAGGAGGCAAGUUUUACAUUCAAGACUCACAGUGAACAGUUUGCAGAUUCAUUCUGGAUCAUCCUGGUUUGCUCCCUGGUGCACUUCCUGAACGCCCUGCUAAUACGAUUUGCUGGAUUUGAAUUUCCCUUUACAAAAUCAAAAGAUUCAGGGACAAUCACUGGAGCAGUUGACCUGAUGUAUUAGAGUUGCAUAAUUUAAGAACACUUCAACAAAGAGGUUCAUCACCUCUACAUUCAACAACCACCAGAGGUACUACCUUGUAAAUUAUUAGCUCUAAAGAAGUUUUAAAAAGUGAAGGUUUCAAAUAAGCAUCAUUAUGGCACAUGCAGUAAACAAAGGGCGACAUGCUAUUUGGUAAUGUCUAGAUCAAAAUACCCUCUCUUCCUUGGUGUAAGACCUUCUGAAAACAUUUGUCUUUUUUCCUAGUAAGUUAUUUGAAAAGUAGCUGGUAUGAAGAAAACUAGGAAUAUCGAUACCAGUGAACUGGAUCUGGAAAGUAAAAUAAAUGGGUUGCAACAGAGGCGCAGACUAUCACCAGCAGCAGCUUUGCCCUUUCGCCCCUGUGAAGGCGAGGGCGCAGUGGUUACCACGCCAGGGCCGUGGAGGACAAGGCUGCCCAGCAAAUCUACAGCCAUCAAACAAGAAAAGGGGGCCAGGGCUUUGCUCCUGCCACCCAUCAGGCUCCAUCUCAAAAGCACAGCGCUCAGAAGGAACACGACGCUGUACCAGGUGCUUGCAGGACAAAACCCAAACACCUGAACCCACCGCAUCCGCCUUAACCUAGCGCCACGUGCACGGCAACAUCCCCAUUUCUGCCCGCAGAGCUCCCACCUGGGCUCUUUAGUUUUAAGAAGCCAGACUACGACUCUCUGACCCCAAAGUCCAAAGAGCCCUCAUUGCCCCGUGUGAUCACCGGAGCUGGGGGCUUCGCAGCCUCGGUUCAGGAGCUGCACGCAGCAAAGCGGGAUGCAGGGGGAUGCAGCAUGCUCCCCCCUGCUCGCCUCGGGGAGGCUGACCCCCCCCAAUAGCACACAGAGCCGGGGCACUUCCCAGCACAGAGCAGCAGGAACAAGACCACUGCACCCCCCAAAUCCCCACGGCCAUCAGCGUGGAGAAUCCUGCCCAGAAGACAGCCCUGCAAACUCUCAUCAAACAACACAAACAAAGUGAAAACCUUUGGCAAAGGGCUGCAAAGGAAUAACAGAGCAGAGGGGCUUACAAGGCACGCUGCAGCCCCAGAGAGCCUGAUGAAUGCAUCCAUGAGGUUCCCUACCUCAAGGCGUGUAGGAAGCCAGAACAGAUGAACACGUCGGCCCUUGCACCCUUACACUCCCGCAGGUCAGUUAAAGCAGCGAGUUAAAGCACUCACCCCAGGUGCAGCUGAGCCAGCCCAGGAGAGCAGCGCGACACCAACCCCAGCCCCGCCGGCAUCACCGGUGCCUUGGGGAUGAGGCACAGCCUGGGGGACAUAGAGGGGACCUCCAAAGCCGACCCAAGAGGAGGUGCCAGGGGACAACUGCUGCCCCAGCCACCCAUUUAUCUGCUGGGGCUGCAGCUGCAGGUGAGGAGCGAUCAAUCCAUCCCACCCAGCUGCAGGUGAGGAGCCGUCCCACCCAGCACCCAUGGAGCCACCUGUGGUGAAAAUCAGCCCCGGCACCUCCCAGGACUUGCCUCUGCUUCAAGCUCUAGUGACUUACAAGACGACAUCACUGACUUUUAUGCCAUUUUUUUAUACCUUUACUAUGAAUGGCAAACCAUGGCUGGGUUUUUUUGUAAAAGGUUUGUCAACCAUAUGCCUGCUCCACCAACCCUUCCACAAAGCAGCUCGGCCUCCCCACGCCCUACCCUAGCUCCCUAGGCUUCAGCAACGUGUAAGGGCUACUGCCGGCUGCCACGACCCCCAACUUAUUUUCAUCAUUUUCUUCUUAAUUAAUGUGCAUAUUCUUCUUAAUGUUAAUGUAUCUUAACACAUAAUUUGUAUUACAACUCAUGGUAUUCUCUACUAUACAAUCAGUGAUAAGGAGUGAUGUUUCAUCCUUCUUGUUCCUGGUGUUUCAUGAAGCCGCUCUGCCUGGCGGCUCUGUAGCAGCUUUGGCAAUCGGCAGCGGACAGGAUCGGAUGUGCUGGAUUGAUGUACAGGAUUGGAUGUACAGGAUCGAUGUACAGGAUUGAUGUACAGGAUUGGAUGUACAGGAUCGAUGUACAGGAUUGAUGUACAGGAUCAACGUGCAGGAUCAAUGUACAGGAUCGGACGUACUGGAUCGAUGUACAGACUACUCACAUGCGUGUAUCUCUGAGCGAUCCUUGCCAGUCCCGAGGAAGGAUCCGGCCCCGGGGUAUCACAUAUGGGGUUCCCAGACCUCAGCACAGCCCAUAAACCCGGCCCCGCCCCAUCUGCUGUGCCGGGGGGAGCUGCCCCCACCCGGGGCGUGGGGCCCACGGGGCAUCACUUCCCAAAGAGCCUGGUGCCACCGCUCCCCCCGCACCCCACCCCGCUCACCAGCAUGAGGCCAGCUGUUAUUUUCAUUCCUAUGCCGUUCCCAAGAAAAACAUAACAACUUCUUACCAGAAAAAUAAAACUGAGACGGCAUUUGUGUGUUUGACCAGCUGAAAGCGACAGUUAGAGCAAGCGUGAGCUGCUCAGCUUGCGCCCCUGGAUGAGCACCAGCACGUACUCUGAGGCCCACUUGUAAUCUAUGAGCAUCAGCUAAAGAAGUUUUGACCUGUUUCAUAUCUAGACUAGCAUAUUUCAUGAUUUAAAAAAGCAACAAAAAUUGUAUAGUGAGGAGAAAUAGGUAAAAAUAUCUUGAAGGUUCUUGAAAAAAUCAGAU